AUGAAAGGACGACGGUUUACCCUUCUUGCGGGCCUGGCGUCCCUUGUUGUUCUGCUGUUUAUCUUCUUUGCGCCAAAUUCGGACGAGAGGCCCAUCGCACCAGCACCAAAUCGUCCACCACCUCACCAACAGCCGGUCGAGUCCUUUGGCGACGAGAACCUACCGCAAGACAAUAAUAAUGACCCUAAUAAUAACCAUGACAACCCCACUGGUCCAACGGGCAAUGAUCUCGCCCAGCAUCCGAUUGAGAAGCUGAUCCAGACCUCCGGAGAGAAGUUCAGGACCACGCAUUCGCGACAGUCAAAGACAUUGCAGCAGGCUGUUGCUGAGUACCGGCGUCGAUAUGGUCUUUACCCGCCGCCACACUUCGAUGUCUGGUUCAAAUUCGCCCAGAGCAGAGGUGUACAGAUGAUUGAUGAAUAUGAUACGAUAUACGACACCCUACUCCCCUUUUGGGGAGUCAAGCCGAAGACUAUCCGAGAACGAGCAAGAGAAGCUAUAGGAUUUGAAAAUGCUCUAAUCGGACUGAUGAUAAGGGAUGGGAAUGUUACGCUGGUUGAUGGAGGUGGGGAACCCGAGCAGUGGAAGAGGAAUGCGAUCAAGGGGAUGAUGGCGACUUUCGUCAAGUAUCUGCCUGAUAUGGACCUGGCCUUCAACAUACACGAUGAGCCGAGGGUUGUACUUUCGCAUUCUGACCUCUCCCGACUAGUUGCUGAAGGGAAGCGUGUGACUUCCUCGAACGGGCUGCAACAGGGACUCCAGAGAGAGUGGUCUGAACGACCGAAGGGUUUAAAUAAGGGGGAUAGAAUCGACGAAGUUAGACGGACGAGGUUCAACAGGUUCGCUCACCAGCCUACGUGGACCAAUUCACGGAUGUCCUGCCCUCCAGAUAGCCCUGCUAGACAGCUAGAGGACGAAACUGUCGACAAUACGAAGCUGUACUCGACCUCUCCCCUUGGGUUUAUCUCGAAUACUACGGCCUUCUCAGAUAUUUGUCAGACUCCAUCCCUACGCCAGACUUUUGGUUUCUUCGAACGACCAAACGCCCUUGAUAUAGUUCACGAUCUCUUCCCCAUCUUUUCGCAAAGCAAAGUUUCCUCGUUUCAGGAUAUUCUAUACCCAAGCCCCUGGUACUGGAAUGGGAAUGUGGCCUACGACGCAAAUCAAGACAUGGACUGGGCCGCCAAGGAAGACCAGAUGUACUGGCGUGGUUCAACGACCGGCGGCUUCUCAAGAGCAGGCGGAUGGCGCAGACAGCACCGUCAGCUCUUUGUACGCAACAUCAACAGCCUUAGCCCCACAAAUGUUCUUGAGAAGAGUUUGGAGACCAGCCGCUGGGCCGUGAAGCAGAUCCAGCGGAGCGCCCUGAGAUCCCUAUUCAACGUGAGCUUCAGUCAUGUUGGCCAAUGCGAUCCGGAGGACUGCGAGGCGCAAAUGGAAUACUUCAACAUCGUCAAGCCAGCCAAGCAGCAAGAUGCAUGGAAGUACAAGUACCUUGUUGACAUUGACGGAAACGCUUUCAGCGGACGAUACUAUGCCUUCCUACUAAGCAAGAGUUUAGUAUACAAGCUUGCUCUGUUCCGAGAAUGGCACGACGAGUGGCUUCGGCCAUGGGUCCAUUUCAUUCCCCUCAGUCUCAGAGGAACCGACCACUACGAAUCAGUCCGUUAUUUUGUACAAGAAGAUGCAGGCAAAGAGAAGGCAAUCACUAUUGCACAAGACAGUCAGAAAUGGGCACGAAAAGUUUUACGCAACGAAGAUCUUGAGGUGUGGUUUUUCAGGCUUUUAUUAGAAUACGGCAGAGUCAUCGAUGAUAAUCGUGAACGAUUGGGUUUUUCAAUGGGCUAA